CCAGCUCCGAAAAAAAAGAAAAAAGAAAAAAAAAAAGUGCAAGGGUUUCCUUUACCCAGGGCCCGAAGGUGAUGUCUUUGUCUGUGUGUGUGACUCACUGUGAUGUCUGUGCUUGGCUUUGACGGGUUUCCUAUUUCCUCCAGGGAUUUGAACCGUAUGCCUCCUGACCACAGGUCGAAACGUUCUGCUUCUCCUCCAUGUCCAGCGUGGCUUUAUUUCCUUCUCUUCUGCUCGCCUCAGCCUAAAGCUUUUCUCGCUUGGCAUCUCUGGCAGUCAGCCUUCCUCCUAUCCAUGCGGCCUUCAGCCUGAUCCUGCAGCACGGGCUGGGGACUUGGCUGUUUGGUUAUGAGAACCGAGUGCUUGUUUAGACCGGGAAGCAGUCCGCAUGCGCACUGGUGUCAGACAGCUCUGACUGGAACACUCUGAGUGGCCUGAGUGGAUGGUUACAGAGUGUGACAGAGCGAAAUGUGGGAGUUAUGAGCAGCAGAGUGGAAAUCCUGAGCGCUCGCCCUGUGGAGUGGAAGGAAAUUGUGCUUUAGUUAAAACCUGCUUCCUGGUUUAGGCGCUGGGCAGCGGAAGCUCUUGGGUCUGUGCUUGCCUCUACCUCCAUUCCGACAGCUUCUCGAUGGCAUCUCGGGUUUUAUCAAGGACUCUUAUGUCCAUCUUGUUUCUGGGGAGUGCUGCUUGCUCCUUUAAUAAAAACAACUAAAGCCCACCCUUCGCCGUCUUCGGUCUUUUGCUUAGUAGUGAGUUUGAUGAUUGUCCACAGAAGAAACAGCUAAUCCUGUGUUCUCGAUUUAGAGGUGGGAAAACAAAGGCUUGUCAAAAUCCAUUGACUAACUUAAAAACCACUAGAACUUUAGUUUGCUUAUUUAGUUUAUGUGUGUGUGUGUGUGUCUGUCUGUGCACUCAAUGUAUGUGUACAUGUGUGUGCAUGCAUAUGUCUAGCCAUGUUGUUUUGUUUUUGUAGUACAAUUUAAGGUGCAGUUCAUACCUACUCGUAGAUGAAGAAGAGUCCAUGUAUGAAUUUACCAUAUUCUGCUUUUCUAUUCACCGAUUAAUAGAUAUUGGAUUUAUUUUCCACUUUGGGGAAUAAUAAGCUAUAUUUUUAGUGAUCUUAUAUUAUCUGGAUAGCAAAAGAAAUAAAGCAAUACAUACAUACACAUACUAGUGUGUGUGUGUGCAUGUGAGUGUUGUGUGUAUGUAUAUAUAUGUGUGUAUGUAUAUAUGUGUGAGUAUGUGUAUAUGUGUUGUAUAAAUGUGUGUGUGGUUUUGUGUGUGUUUGUGUAUGAUUGUGUAUGUGUAUGUGGUUUUGUGUGUGUGUGUGUGGUUUGUGUGUGUGUGUGGUUUAGUGUCGGGGGGGUUGGUGUGUGUGUGUGUGUGUGUGUGUGUGUCCUGACUCUCCUGGAGACAGGAGGAGGACCAGAAAGUUCUCUUUCAUAUACAUUACAUUUGAAGCAAUUACUUGUAAAGUAACUUUUAUUUUGAAUCCUCAUAUCAUUUUAGUAAUUUGUAGUUUUAAAAGUUACCAAAACAAGUAUUUAGACCGUUCAGAAGUGCUGGGCGGUUUGGGAGGUGCUGGGCUGCAGACUAAGCCAAUUUGCGUUCGUAGGGUGUUUGAUGGAUGUGUGCAGCAGAGUUUAAGUCUCAGCAAAAAGUAAAGGGUUAACCAAAUCAGCAAGUUUUGAUUUCAUUUUUGUUGUCGUUGUUUUGGUUUUUGAGAUAUGGCCUCUCUACAUAGCCCUGGCUGCUGGCCUUGUAACCCUGGCUGGCCUUGAACCUGCAGAGAUCCACCUGCCUUUGCUUUCUGGGUGCUGGGAUUAACAGAGGUGUGCACCACUGCACCCGGCUUUAAUUUUUUUCUUUUUUAGGUUACAUAAUUGGUAAAGUCACAGCUUAAUCAAGUGUAAAUACCACAUGCCGGAACUAUAUAACUGAGUCUUAAGUCUUAAAUAGUGUCCAUAUUUUUUUUUCUGAGAUCCAAAUGUGAAGACUUUCUGAUCCAACCCAAGCCAAUCCUUUAUGGACACCAAUCCUUCUGUGGUUUCCCAUUUCUAUCUCCUGGUAACUAGGAGUCCGGUGUGAAUGCCGUGUUCUAGCCCAGGUCUGACCAAUGCAGAAAAGUUUUUCUACUUUCUACCUCCAUCUCUCUCCAUGCUGGGACCACAUGCAUGUGCCACCAUACCCAGUUUGAUGUGGCCCUGGCCAGAGAAGCCUCAGCUCUGUGCAGGCUACACGAUCAAGCAGCUGUGCUUACUUAUCCCCAGGGCAGCACAUCCUAAAGCUUUAUCCCUCUAAAAUGUCCCUUCUAAAAUGCUAUCCCGAGGGUUGGGGAUUUAGCUCAGUGGUAGAGCGCUUGCCUAGCAAGUGCAAGGCCCUGGGUUCGGUCCUCAGCACCGGGAAAAAAAAAAUGCUAUCCCGAGGCCUGGAGCAUUCAUGUAGCAAGCACAUGCUUAAAUCAAAGUGCAGAGUGUGGCAAUGGCACUCAGGGGUACCCAGAUGCUGAGGCAGGAUGAUUGGAGGGUAGGAUAGCAAGACCCUGUCUCGAAGGAAAGAAAAUUUAAGUAAGUUAAGGUGCAGCGGAGUUCAAGAGACAAGCUGGGGACAGAGCCACCAAACCUGUAAAGCAGACCUUCCCAAAGGGGACAGAUGAAUGGCAUCAGAGGAAAGAGCAGCCUCUGAAAGAGUACCAGUGUGAAGUGACAGGACUUCCAGAUGUUCAUUCUUUAUUCAGACACGGCUGGUUCAACGCGGUACGCGCCACAACCUGGGUCAGCACUGUUUGCAAGGAGACUAAGCUAAGGGAGACUCGUGAGUUACUGCAAGUUCAGCCCAAGUCUGUACAGAUGCCAUGGGUAAAAUCAUCGCAGUAUUCGGGUCCUGCUGCCUAAUGGAGUCCAGGUGACCCUGGACCUCCUCUCCAUGUCACCUUGGUCUUCCUGAUGUCCAUGUGGCCUCAUUUCACACAAAUGAUACUUGAAGCCAGUUUUCUUGUGUGUGAAUAAUCAUGAGUUCUGGCAAUAAUAAGCCUUUUUGUUUGCAGUACCCGAUCUCAAACCAGGGCCUUGUAUAUUCUAGACAAGCAGUCUACCAUUGAUAAGAACAUCUAUAAAGGAAUCGACUAAAACGUGGUGUGACAGCACACACCUUUGACCCAGCACUCUGGAAGCAAAGUCAGGAGGAGUUCUGUGAGUUCAAAGCCAGCUUGAUCUACAGUGUAGAGUGUACAGAGCCACACAGAGAGACCUUGUCAAAAAGAAAAACCCUAAGGUGACCAAUUAAUUACGCUUAUUUUGUGAGUCUAGGAGUUAACAUUUCUCUUCUUUCUGGCUGCCUCAGUUGAGCUAAUGCAAGCACAGGGAUCUCAGGAUGAAGUUACAUUUUUUUGACAAUGUAACACACUUUUUCUUCUAAGAGUUAAAAAAAAAAAAUCAAGUCUGUUUCCUUAGCAGUCUUCAGGUUACUUGCUCCACAGGGCAACAGUUUCAUGUAACUUUUUUUGUUUGAACCUGCCUUGUCUUUGAUAGCGAUCUGUUGUUAGACAACCUCGUUGCACAAUGACUCCACUUGUUCCCGUCUCUGUAUUAGCUGCUGACCACACGGUAGAAGAGACAGGAAGCAGUGGCUGGCUUAAGCUCCAUUUAACACUUCAAGCCCUAAGGAAGGAUUUUGCAAAAAAAAAAACAAAAAAAAAAACAAAAACAAAAACAAACAAAAAAAAAAAAGCAAAACACCAUCAUAUCGUCAAAGCUCCAAGUACUUUGAGAUAUUUAAAAAAUGCAUUACAGAAGUAAUUAAUAGCUAAGGCUCACGCAGGGAUUAAAGGCAGUGGAUUACUUCUGCGAUUGUGAUUUUCAAUGAUGUUUUAUUAUUUUUCCAAUAUGUCUUUACAAUCUGCUGCUAAUAAAGGUUGACAUUACCUACUAUGUAGUAGACGAGUGAUGUAAAAGGAACUUGUUCCAGAAUCCCCUUUGCCCAUUGAGGAUCCAAAUGUGCCAAUGUCUACCGUCCCGGAUUCCCCACCCCCACCCUGACAACAUUAAACUGCCAGAUACCACCUAGGAACGGAUUUCCUAUGUCAUCACUCAAACUCAUAUCUUCUUCCUUUGCUAUCUUGCCAAACUGGUUUUCCUUCAUUUACAUUUCUGAGACUCCAGUGUGGCAAAAUAACAGGUCUAGACUGCAUGAAUAGACAGAUAGUUGAGUUGUAGAGAUGGAGGGGAAACCAGGAGUCAGAAGGCGUUCUCUUUUGUCUUUCCAGUGUACUUCCUAAACAAUUCCUGAGCCCAGCCGACAGACAUCUGACUUGAUGUUUAGAAGGCGCCCAUUCCGUGUGCUUUUAUUCAUCAGCUGUCUGACAGCUCAGAAGUAGAAAGGCAGGGGAGUUUGCCCUAUGUUGUUACUGGUGGCCUUCGCUCACUUGGCAAUUAGAAAACAGUUAAGUCUGUGGAGACAAUCUCAGCCCCAUGGGGGGGUUCCCCAUGAUUGGCAGAGCUGGGAUCUGAGAGUCACUGAAGGACAGAUGUGGGGAAGGUGCAGAGAGGAAUCUGCCUCUUGGUUUCUUGCAGGAGGUACCUUCCCUCUCGGCAAAGCUGUGAGAUGGGAAAAUAAAAUAGGAAGACAUUGGGAAGCCUCAUGCCUCGGCUUAUCUGUCCACCCAUGAACACUCCUGAGUGUUACUUUUCUAAAAUGUCAGGUAUUUGGUCACUGAUUGCCAUGUUGAGAGUUAUCUGGAAAUGACUGUGAAGACCGGCUUGGUGGGUAACCAGGAAUAAGAAAGGUGAUGUUAUCUCAGAAGGUUGCCACUUAGUGACAUGCCCUAAUUACAGUUAUUUAGGUCAACGUGUCCACGCAUCAGCAUCCUCUCGAACGCAGAGGAUGUUGAUGGCGUGUGCCCACAAACCUGCUGAUGCUGAUGGUGACUUUGGUAAAACAUAAGCAGCCGCUCCUAAAAGAUAAGUGGGAAACCAAGGCACUGCACUUGGGGUAGGUCCUAGGUCAUGAUUUGCCCACAAAGGGAGCGACCGCAAAGGACAGAACACAGUGGUAAAAUGGGGUCAAAAGUAAAAAUUCCCUAAGUAUUUCCAACGUCAUUUCGAUCUAAAUCAUUUCAGUCAGAGAUACAAGCGUGGAGGCUCUAAUCCUCUCAGAAUGACACCCCCAGAGUACAGACAUGGUUCCUUCUCCACUGCUUCUAAGAGAAAGGAAGAGCAAAGAAACUAACCCAUGUAUUGGGAAUUGAUUUCCAGUUCCAGACUCUCCCUUUCAUCUCUGCUCAAGGGGCUUUGGGUAGUGCCACAUCUGGUGGUGGUUUGUAUGAACGGAAAUAAUAUGUGUGAUCGUUUCCUGUUUGGUCAUUUUAACCUGUCUCCGGACUGAACAGAAUUUGACCCACUUCCCUCAGUAGCAGGGUUCUGUCCAAAGACCUGGCUGAGUCUGGAAGCUGCCCUCACCCCUGGUCCUGAGCAUAGUGUGUUCAUUUGCAUAAGUUAUGUUGGCAGCUGGAGCAGAACUCAGGAUAUGUUUCUUCAGAGCCAAGAGUUAUUUUUGACAAGAGCCAAAGUCAAGUAAUGCUGGACUUUUGUUGUUGGUUUUGUUUUCUUUGUGUGUGUGUGUGUGUGUAUGUGUGUGUGUGUGUGUGUGUGUGUGUGUGUUGUGUUGUUGUGUUUUACUUUUGGAGGCAAAUUUUCUUUUAUUACUGACUUUAAAAACCACACAAAGUUUUAUAUUGUAUGACACCUGAAGUAGAGUUCUUUUGAAGACAGUACUAAAGCAGAAAAUAAUUCUUGGAAUGAUCUUUUUCUAGUCUGGCAUUGAUUCCCUCUGGCCCAGGCUGACUGACCCGUCCUGCAGAUCUUUCUCUGCCAUUCAUUUUCUGCAGUGGUAGCCAUGGUCAUGUGUCUGACAGACCAGGAAAUGUGGGACAAUUCUCUGUGCUGGAAUCUCUUUGCACAGCAAAGACUCGUCUGUUACAGGGCAAGUGCUGACUGUUCCCAAACCCGUCCUAGGACUACCUCAUUCUGUGAGCUAUGCUUUGCUCUUUAAAACCAGUUCCUUAAACUAAUUACAUUUUCUUCUCCCUUAGACACUUUAGAAAGGUAUGGAUGUUUAUUUUAGACCUUCUGACGUGCUCAGAUAAAACCCAGACGUGUUCAUAGCAUUACAAUCUUUGCCAGAGCAGGGAUGCAUACACCGUGGCCCUCCGGGCAAGUGCAGCCAGCAGUCUGUCUGUGCACAGGGUUUUUACUAUUUAUUUAUUGUGUAUGUAUAUGUAUGUUGGUAUAUGAAUGUGUCCACGUUUGCCUGUGUAAGGUGUGCCUAGAGGCCAGAAGUUGACUUUGAAUGUCUUUCUCAGUGACUGCCCACCUUAUUUCUUGAGACAGGGUCUCUCAUGGGCUUGCACUGGCUUUUUUAGGUGGGUACUGGGGAUCCAAAUUUAGGUUCUUAUGUUUCUCUACAAGCACGUUACCUGCUGAGCCAUCUCCCCAGCCCAAUGUCUCAUUUUUAAAGAGCUGUAGAGUAGGAAACAGAAAUAUAAAAAGAGACUAUACAGCCCACAAAUUUAAAAAAAAUAUUUACAACCAACACAAGCAUAGAAGUGUGCGUGUGUAAUCCCAGGAUUUGAGAGGUGGAAGCCAGAGGAUCACACAUUUGGGGCCAACCUUGGGGCUGUGUCACAGAAAGAUCCUGUCUCAAAAAUAAUAAUAACAAAUAAUCAUACAUAGUACUUUUACUCCUUUUCUUUUAACUGAAAUAAUUUACUGAUCCUUGAGUCAGGCCAGCAUUAUAAAGUCUUAGGCCUUAUAUUUAUGGCAGCUAAUGUGUCUUCCCCCUCGAGCUGUGCUAUCUCAUUGGGUACUGCUGGCUGAACCAAAGUAAAUUAUAUUUGUCCAGUGUAUCAGCACUCUUUUUAUAUGCCUCUAGUGGACUGAAAUUCUAGCUCCUCUCCCUCCCCCAGAGUUUCACGUGGUAGUCUAGGAUGGCCUACAAUUUAACUGCAUAGCCCAGGCUAAUCUCAAAUUCAUGGCAUUCCCCUUGCCUCAGUCUCCCAGGUAUUGGGGUCACAGGUGUGAGCCACUGUGUCCUGUUGCCUUUUAAAGUCACCCAGUGAGCUUUGGAAAUGCUGUUGUCCCAGCCCCUCGGCAGAGUGAAAGAGACCCUUCCUAAAGACAGGUCUCAUGUGUGUAUGGGAAAUCAGACAACACUACUUUGCAGUCGGGCCUGACAACUCUAGCCUGGACCACUCUGAUGUCUAGCUAUGGUUGAUCAUGAAUCCACAGGCUCAGGCACUUCCUAGUCUCGGGUUUCAUUAGAGAUAUAAUGGAAACGGAGUGCACACAUCGCUCUUUAAUUUCAAGACGGCAGUGUGGCUCAGGGACACUUUAAUGGAAACAGUUGUCAGACGUGAAGAACUUACAAAGCAAAGCACAGAACCCAGAGAAAUGGAAUGUGAAAGAGAAGAACAGAGAGAAACGUAGUAAAGAAAGAAAAUGACUCAGUAUUUCAAUACCCAAAUCACUGAGUAGAUUUCUUGCUAUCUGGGUGAGUAUAUCUAUUUUCAAAAGUGCUAUUAGCAUAAACAGAGCACUAAAUCUGGGGCACCGUGCCCUCUUUUUUUUUUUUUUCAAAGUUGUUAAGAAGAAUUAUAUCAGUGUGCAGGUGUCACACGCAGUUACUCAGAAUCAGAAAGAAGGCUGAUGGGGGUUAGGAGACCUCCAUCUAUCUAUCUUUUUUUGCAACCAACCACGUCCAAGCUGUUUCUUCAACACUUCCUCUUGCUAAUGAAGGUACUAGCUGGGGAUGGGCUGGGCUUUCCCAUCUCAGCCUAAGACUGCAAGAUUUGAAUGCGCCCCUGAACCGGCCUCGCUGACCACAGCAGGUACCCGGGGCAGAAAUCUGAGCAGGAAGGACAGCAAGUGUGGAGGCGAGACACAUCAAAGCCGAGAUGGGAAGUGAAAGAGCUCUCGUUCUGGACAGAUUGGCAAGCAAUGUGGCUAAACGAAAAAGCUCGAUGCCUCAGAAAUUCAUUGGUGAGAAGCGCCACUGCUUUGACGCCAACUACAAUCCGGGCUACAUGUACGAAAAGGAGAACGAGAUGAUGCAGACCCGGAUGAUGGACCAAGCCAUCAACAACGCCAUCAGCUAUCUCGGGGCUGAAGCCCUUCGCCCCUUAGUCCAGACUCCGCCUGCUCCCACCUCUGAGAUGGUCCCAGUCAUCAGCAGCGUGUACCCCAUAGCACUUACUCGGGCCGAUAUGCCCAAUGGGGCCCCACAGGAGCUGGAGAAGAAACGGAUCCUCCUGCCAGAGAAGAUCUUGCCUUCUGAACGAGGUCUGUCCCCCAAUAACAGUGCCCAGGAUUCCACAGACACCGACAGCAACCACGAGGAUCGCCAGAAUCACAUCUACCAACAGGGCCACAUGGUCCUCCCCCAGGCCCGCAACGGGAUGCCACUUCUCAAGGAGGUACCUCGCUCUUUCGAACUCCUCAAGCCCCCUCCCAUCUGCCUGAGGGACUCCAUCAAAGUGAUCAACAAAGAAGGGGAGGUGAUGGAUGUGUUCCGGUGUGACCACUGCCACGUCCUCUUCCUAGAUUAUGUGAUGUUCACCAUCCACAUGGGGUGCCACGGUUUCCGUGACCCCUUUGAGUGUAACAUGUGUGGAUAUCGAAGCCACGAUCGCUACGAAUUCUCCUCUCACAUCGCCAGGGGAGAACACAGAGCCAUGUUGAAGUGAGCAUCCGUCUCCAAGCGCACACCUAAGGGUCAGCAUUGUUUUUAAAAGCUGAUGACAACCUUACCCAGUAGACCGAACUCAAACCCACAGCCCUGCCCAGGUACAUCAGCUCUCAGUCAUGGCUGGCAGGAGCGGUCAGAGAGACACUGCCCUCAUCCAGAAACUGUCUGCAGAGCUGUCAUGUCACUUUGGGAAACCUCCCUCUCCCGUCAGUUGAAUUCGAUGGGAUUUAAAAGCCAAAGAAGAAUCUGGUUCAUUAUCUUUUGUAGCAAUCCACUGGAGCUCCUGGCCAAUUGGCUGCAGGAAUCAUUCGCUGGAAUUCUCAGCCAUAUGUGGAAAAGCCUUUUGAUCCUAUGCCCAGAUCCACACGCACAGCAGAACAACUGACCAGCUACCCUUGCCCUUGGGCACCAACACAAGGCAGAAGGGUUAGCAAGGCAGAAGGGUUAGUGUGUUGUCAUCCCUCCCUUCACGUCCAAACAGUAAAGAAGAGGUGUUUAUAACAGUAAGGACCCGCUGUCAGUAAUGGAAGACCCUAUUUGUGGCGCUUCAAUCCACUUCCUAUCACGCAAGCAAAACAAAACUGAAGCCAUCUGAGGACCCUUCUGCUUUACCUGAUGUCGCAAGGGACAACCUCAGACAAUUUGGCCUGAGCCAGAACUCUGAUCCUCCUGCCUCUGUCUGGAGGAAAAUUCUGAACCGGAAGAGCCAAUGAUUUUAAACAUCGGGUAUCAUGGAAACCGCAGUCAUCCACUGAGGGGUGGUAAUUUGUCCCCAUUGAUUGAGAUUGGUAGAGCAAGUGGGGGACACAGCUUAGGGGUACAGUGCCUGCCAAGUCUGCCAAGUUCCAUCCCCCACACCAGAGGACAAAGAGGAAAGAAAAGAAAUGGAGGAAAGAAAGAUUGGCUGAGCAGAGUGUGUAAGGACAUAGUUGGUUGGCAGUUCUUGUCACCUUUGUAGAGUACUGGCUGAAAACCCAAGAACAUUCGAAAGUGAUUUUAGGCAAAAGGAAUCAAAUGUGCUGCUUAAUCCACCCCACCCCCACCCCACAUCGGUGAGACCAGGGACAGAACCGCAGAUGUUCUCUCAGAACACUGUGACAUCAUGUUCUCCUGGGUUAGACAUGUGUGGCUUUUAUUUCAUUAUUCUAUUUUUAAAACAGGGUCUUCGGCUGCCCAGGCUAGCCUCAAGCUCACUACUAGCUGAGGCUGGCCAGCACUCUGACCCUCCUGCCUCAGCCUUCCAAGCGCUGGGGUGAGAGAGCGGUCACUGUCGUGGUCUUGGGUUUCUGUUGUCCAGGAGCUACCGCAUCUCACUGAGAGUCUUGGAAGACGGAUGGUUUUCCGUAGAUGGACCAGUCAGUCACCUUUGUCACACGGGCACCAAGACAUCAAGAUUCUUGUAAAAAUGUCCCAUGAAAUGAGUGCUGGGGUAGAGGCCACAAAAUAUGUUUGCUGAGCUCAUGUUCGCUACUAAUUAGUUAACUCUAAAAACUAAAUUUCCUCAACCGUAAAAUAAGUGGUGGAUCUAAACCCUCUUAAUGGUCCCUUCAGACCUUGAUACAUGAUUAUUCAAUAACCACGGGCUAUGUUGGUUUGUUUUUUUUUUUUUUUUAACUUCUUGAUGUGUGGGCAUUAAGCAACCGAGUCUGCGCGUAAGAACGUGUUUCCUAUUUCUUUGGUGUGAAAAUGUAGUUGUGUUAAGUUUUUCCUUCAGCCACUGAGUCAUGACCGUGAGGGAGAUGGCGGGGAAGGACCGAGAACAGGAAGGUGUUUUGAUUGUGCUGUUGCGCACACACCAACCGGCAUCUACAGCUCCUUGCCAGGGUCCUUUUCUUCCUUGCCUUUUAAAAGAGCUUGUGUUAGGAAAAAUAACUUCCGCUUACAGGGACAGCUUCAUGGAGCCUACUUACAAAUUAAGAGCUAGCUUUUAUGAACAUUUCUACCAGAGCCAAGAAUUCCAAAUUCCUGGUAUAAUAAUUAGCAUUUUCCUUCUAAAGGGCUUAUGGAUUCGGCUCUCACUCAUCUACACGAUGCCAGUAAUUAAAACGUUCCACCUCAAACACACAAAUGGCUUAGCCUGCUUUGUAGCAUGGUGUCUGUCUCAGGGUAAAGGGGGUGGGCGUGUGAAACUCCAUGGCAACAGUGCCGUGUGUCUGAGGCUUCAGCUAAGGGCCAGGUGUCUUCAGCGUAUCUCUCUGCCUCCCAGCAGAAUCGGAUCUGAGCUGUACCACAUUGUUCAUGCCCCUGGUGAAAGAGGACCUGCCUGUUCUAUGCUUGAGAUAUUUCACAUCCUGUUGUCUUGGGGAGGGGGGUACAAAGAGAGGGCGUUGGAAAACAGAGACUAGAAAGGAGAGAUACAGAAAUGGACAGUUCCACCAGAGUGCUGUUGAAAUCUGCUGCAGGGGUGUUGGCACAUACACACACACACACACACACACACACACACACACAGGCACACACACACGCGCACACACACCCAUACUCAUUCUUUGUCAUCUCAAGAUGGUGAACUACCAUUCUACCAGCCCAGAAACUGUGGGCUCGCUGGGUUGCACACAUGUCCCAAGGCUCCUUUUCUGAGAGAUGUGCACACAGAGCCUUGACCUUCAUAGAAGCAUCCAGAGCCUCGGUAGGAGCCCUCAACUCCAAGGGCCCGCUGGAACUUGAAGAUCUUGAGCCUGGCAGUUGAGCCUAGCGGGGUGCUGUGGUUAGUGUCAUGGUUACCACUGCCUGUACUACCUAAGGGCUGCCCCAAUGGAGGUGAGGGCUGUGAAGUCCUGGGGUGGCUUCAGCUUCCUCACACAGACACCUCUGCCAUGAACCCUGUGGAUCUUGCCUUCCUUUCCCACCAGCUCUCUUAUAAGCAGACUUCCACCACACACCACAGGGGUGGGGGCUGCGAUUUGGGGACCAACCAAACCCACAAGAAGUUCCAUUGCAGCCAAGGUGACAGAGUUGGGGUUAGGGUGGGAAAAAGUAGAAAUGUCUUUCCCAGUGCUCCUUACCAUGAUCUGAAGUGCUGCACAGAGCCGAACAGAAGUGCCGCUCCUACUCACCAUCACCACCAGAAGAGGGGAAAGGCCACUGAUCUUCACAGGCUUCAAGCCAUCCCCAAAGAAACAGUGUCCUGGCGACAACAAGCCAGCUGGCCUUCUCUCUCUGCUGCCAUUCUCAGUCCUUCUGACUUUGCUCCUGAGUUCACCCAUGACAGAUUUUUCCACCUUUUAUGUGCUUACCAUUCUGGUCAAUCUAUCCAUAUUCACACACACACACACACACACACACACACACACACACACACACCACACAUACACACACCACACACAUACACAUACACAUACACACACCACCACUGAAGAAAAUGGCCCAAGUGUAUUUUGCAAAGAGAAAUAUUUUAACACAUAAAAUCUUAAUUGAAAUAUAUAACUAACAAAUGCCGUAUUGACAUAAAAGUUUUGCAAGUAGGGUCUACAUUACUAUUCUCCUCAGCUGCCUUGCCCCCUUACCGAAUGUGAAGGUUGUUACACUUUGAGGGGAAAGCCUUACUUCCAGGCUAGGGUGUGGCUCAGUACAAGAAUGCUUCUUGCCUAGCACCAGCAUGAGACAGGCCCUGGUUUCCAAGCCUGGCUGGAAGAAAAAGAGAUAUAGAAAUGUAGAUGAUAGAUAGAUAGAUAGAUAGAUAGAUAGAUAGAUAGAUAGAUAGACAGACAGACAGAUAGAUAAGAGACAGACAGACACCAACAGACAAAUCAUAUUUUUGAAACAUACCCCAGGGCAAGCAGGAAGACUAUGGGGACAAAGUUGGUCCAUGGUCCUCCCUGUAAGAUCAAUGAUCCUCCCUGUAAGGUCUAUGGUCCUCCCUGUAAUAUCUAUAGUCCUCCCUGUAAGAUCCAUAGUCCUCCCUGUAAGAUCCAUAGUCCUCCCUGUAAGAUCUAUGGUCCUCCCUGUAAGGCCCAUGGUCCUCCCUGUAAUGUCAAUAGUCCUCCCUGUAAGAUCUAUGGUCUUCCCUUUAAGGCCCAUGGUCCUCCCUUUUAGCUGCACUCCACUGAAAGGUAUGCUGGUCUCUAGAAAGGCUUGGGAAUCCCCGUGUCAGUUCAGACUUGUGGAUGAGCUUGGGCAUCUUUGAGGAUGCAGAAACCUUGAAUUAAGACUUCUACAGUCAAGAAGGAAAAAGAAAAGGGGGUGAAUUUUUACCUAAAAGUCAGCACCCAGAGCUUCAGAGGAAGAGAAUAUAUAUUACCACAUUUCAAAGGAUAGCAAUGCUAUUUCGUGCAAAGGGUUGUUUAGGGUGCUACAAGAGACAGUGAUUCUGGGCAUCACCAUUGGGGAUCGACAUUUGUUAUCCAGAACCAAAAGCUGAAUCUGGUCCACCCGAGGGUUUCUCUAAGAAGACAGGACUGGGCAGCCAUGGGCAUGGUCAGUAAGGAUAGGGUUGGGGACCACAAUUUCUAAGGACAAGGGACUUGCAAGAGCCUAGAGGGCAGGUGUGGGCUUUGACCCAGAGUGAGCUCAGAGCAUAAUGGAAGUCGUUGUCUCUUGCCUUACCUAAGCUGUGACCUCCAUAAUCCACCAAGCAGUCAACAUGCGACAUAGGUGUUUUUACUAUGAAGAAGUUGGAUGUACCAUUCCCCUCAAUAUCUCAAUGGCAGAUCAUCUGAUCCAUCGACACCAUUGGGUGGUUAUCCAAAACUGGAACAUCCAUGCUUUGAUUUAAAAAGAAAGUCAUAAAAUGUCUACCUUCCAGAGUGCUGUGAGGUUUGCUGUAGUCUUGUCUGUAAAGUCGCUUUGGGGGAAGGGGUAAUGUUACACUGUGUAAUUACACAUUUUCUACUGUAGAUCCUGCAUCUGGUUAUGGGGACACGAAAAAGUUCAGGAUUACACUAGUCCAGUGCCAUUGCAGAUGGAGCCCCCCCCUGCACUCCCUCUGCCGAUGCCCAACUGGCAGUGUCUUAGCGUUGUGUCACAGAAAGCUAAAGAAUAUGCUGGCCCUUGGAGCCACUGUGUGUGAGUCACAUUGACCCUUUCAGGGCCUUUCACAGGACAGUAGAGCUUUGCUCCCUCCAUGUCUGGGAGACCACAGCCAUUAACCCUCACAGUCUUCCCAGAAGGUCCCCACCCUCCAACACUCUAGGGAGUCCAUUCUUGAGAGGCCAGAGAGUGGAAGCUCCACUGGACUCCCUAUCUUUCUCAAACAGGCUCUGUUUCUUUGCCUCCCAAAAAGGACACCCGCGUUUUAAUAUGCGAGGGAAAUGGAGCAGCCUUUAACAAUGACUGGUGUGGUAGCCAGUGACUCAUCGAUAUGAGGAUCUUUCCAGGCUCACUGGCAAAGCCCUUCCUGGUUGACCUGCCUCUGUGGAUUUACAGAAACCAAAUUACUGUGGGUUGUGAAGAACUAGCAGGUCAUUUUAAAAGCAGACACACCUUCACCCAGACUGUGGUUUUUAUAUGCUCAGCCGGUGAGCUUCUGGCUACUGGAAAAAAACAUAGCUUAUUUUUAAUUUCUGGUUGUCAAAGUUACCACACGUGUGGUCUGUGGAUGACCCUCAUCUGCAGAGUUGAUGAGAGAAGAACAAAAGGCAGCUUGGGACUCAGGGCACCCUUACCUAGAAGUUACCACAAGGCCUGCACUAUCAGCCUUCCCCCCUGCCUGUGCUUCUCAGAAACAUCCCCUGCAAUGGUGUCUCUCUUUCCCUCCUCUGGAGAUUUACCUGACUCCCACCACGGGGAGCCCUGUACAGUAAAUUCCCACCCCAUAACGUCUGUCCAAAGUUCGCUUUGAGCGAAGCCCUCGCUAACCUCGCCAGAAUGUGAGGAGGACUGCAUCUCCUGUAUGAAGCAGCUUUGAUGGUAUUGUCAAGUUUUCUUUACUGUGUUUGAUUUUUUUUUUACACUGAUAAAUACAUAAAUAAAACCCUGGUGUGUUUAAAAUGA